UGUGUGUGUGUGUGUGUGGCGUCUGACCGAGUGAAGAGUCGUCAUGGGGGAAGUGAAGAGUGGAAAAGCUGAAGUUGGGGUUUAUUUAUUUAUUCCUCUGUGGGGAAGAUCAGCGUGAGCUUCAACUCUGCAGCUUUCGUUUCUUACACUGUCGCCAUUUUUACUCUUAUUUAUAUUUAUUUAUUUUAUUUAAAUUAAUUUUUAUUUUUCGACAUCGGCUGCAGUCAGGAAAAGUGGAGGUCGAUGACGCCGUGACAUUCAAGGACUGAACUUAAAGGAAGUGAACAAAGAAAAGCAGAGUGCUGAUUUUCGUGAGAUUUACACGUCCAUCGACACGUUGGCGUUCACGUUUGGCAAUGUAGUGUCGGAUUUCCUUAUGGGAGAUGCGGACAGCGGCUCCGGAGUGGAGCUCUCCCAGACCAGGAGGAGCCGAUCGUUUGAGAACCUCUCUGGAGAUUCAGGAGAACGCAAAGAGCUGGCAGACUUUGAGCUGUCCCCCGUACAGAGAGUGGACCAGGCCCUGCAGCAGAAUGACAGUGGAGUUGAGUCGGCUCUGCUCUACGCCAAGGCCUGGUCCAAAUACACCAAAGACGUCCUGACCUGGGUGGAGAAACGCCUCGGCCUGGAUAUGGAGUGUGCUAAAGGAUUCGCUAAGAUGGCCGAAUCGGCGAAAGCCGUAGCAGCUCAGCAGGACUACAUGCCCUUCAGAGGGGUUUAUGUGUCUGCGUUUGAGAACGAGCUGGAUUACAGUCACACUCUCCUCCAGACAGCUACAUCUCUCCAAACCAACAAGUUCAUUCAGCCGCUGGUGGCGCGGAAAAACGAGCUGGACAAACUGAGGAAGGAGUUAAAAGAGCAGUGGCAGAGGGAGCAGAAGAAAGUGAGUGAAGCUGAGACCGCGGUGCGUAAAGCUCGACUCCUUCAGACCCAGCGCAGGGAGGAGUACGAGAAGGCUCACGGCCGAACGGGAGACGAUCAAACGCACGCAGGAGGGAGAACGCAGGAGAGGAAGAGGAAGAUGGAGGAAGAGGCGCUGCAGAAGGCUGAAGAGGCUCAGGAACAUUACAGAGUGUGUGUCGCUGACGCUGAAGCCAAAAAACUCAAUCUGGCCAAAACAAAGAGUGAAAUCCUCACUCAGCUCCGAGAGCUCAUCUUCCAGUGUGACCUCACCCUCAAAGCUGUGACGGUGAACUGGUUCCAGAUGCUGUACAGUCAGCUGGUGUCGGUUCCUGUGCAGUACCAGACGCUGUGUGAUCAGGUGAAGCAGUAUGAACCCGGACAGUGUUACUCCGAGUUUGUACACAGUUUACCUAAAGAGCGCGUGUGGCUGGAGGCGCUGUCUCACGGGCACGCCGGACCGUCCAGGACAGGCAUGCCCUUCCAUAAGAGAUCACUGAGCAGCACACACUCCUCUCAGGGGAACUUGUCUCAGCUCUCUGCUGAUGAAGUGAACAGUCCUGUUCAUAAACACGUCAGCAAGAUGGACGAACCACCGUCCAGCAGCAGCGCAGCCGACAUCCACGCUCUGAAGGGAGGAAUGUGCAGUGAUUCAGAAAGUGCAGGAGGAAGCAGUGAGUCUCGGUCUGUGGAUUCUCCCACUGCCAGUCCAGGGGAUUUUAAGCGCAGACUUCCCAGAACUCCGUCCACAGGCACCAUGUCAUCUGCUGAUGAUUUAGACGAAAGAGAACCUCCUUCACCCUCAGACAACGGUCUGGGAGAGAUGGUGACAGAGACGGCGAAUUCUCCCGGUCCGUUCAGAAACACUCAGAUGUCCAAAGCGGCUCAAACACACAAGCUGAGGAAACUGCGCGCUCCGUCUAAAUGCAGGGAGUGUGACAGCCUGGUGGUGUUCCACGGAGCCGAGUGUGAGGAGUGUUCUUUAGCGUGUCAUAAGAAGUGUCUGGAGACGUUGGCGAUCCAGUGUGGCCAUAAGAAGCUGCAGGGAAGGCUGCACUUAUUCGGCAUCGAUUUCUCUCAGGCGGCUAAAAACAGCGCGGACGGAAUUCCCUUCAUCAUCAGGAAGUGCACUUCAGAGAUCGAGAGUCGCGCCCUGAACAUCAAGGGAAUUUAUCGUUUAAAUGGAGCGAAGUCUCGAGUGGAGAAACUCUGUCAGGCGUUUGAGAAUGGAAAAGACCUGGUGGAGCUGUCAGACCUGUAUCCACACGACAUCAGCAACGUGCUCAAACUGUACCUGAGACAGCUGCCCGAGCCUUUGAUCCUGUACAGGUAUUAUAAUGAGAUUAUUGGUCUGGCUAAAGAAGCUCAGAGCAUCACGGCAGACGACACGCGCUCACCUCACCUCAGCAUCGAGCUCAACCGAGUCAUCCUCAAAAUACGAGACCUGCUGAGACACCUUCCUCCUGCACACUACAGAACCCUGCACUUCCUCAUCACUCACCUGCACAGAGUGUCCGAGCACGCGGAGGAGAAUAAGAUGGACGUGAGGAACCUGGGCAUCAUCUUCGGGCCGACGCUGAUUAAACCCCGGCAGCUGGAUUCGGACGUGUCUCUGUCCUCCCUGGUGGAUUACCCCUACCAGGCCCUGAUGGUGGAGCUGCUCAUUCAACACCACCUCAAGAUUUUCGACAUCCAGUUAAGCCCCGCCCCCUCCACCAACCCUCCACUCAGCCGCUGCUCACAGUCUCUCCUAGACAUCAAAGAGAGCUCUAAAGCCCAUAAGAGAUACUCGUCUGUUCUUCCCUCCUCACACUCCGUGGAUGAAGUGAAGGAAGUGCACUUAGCGAGUGGACAUGAGGGGAAAGAGGACACAGCCGCUGACAGUACAGAUGGUGUUAAUGGUGUUGGAUCGUCGUUAGCUGUCAGCCGUCUCAGUACGACUGCAAAUAUGCCCCCGGUGAAGCUCCGCCCACCGCGAACCCACUACCUGUCCCGCCCCGUGAGUUUACCUGUGGACCGCCUGAUCAACGAACGCAACAUUGCUGAGCGAGAGAACUUGGGCGGGGCCAUCGCGGAGAAACCGGAGGCGGAGAAAGCGGAGAGCCGCGCCUACCGCAGCCCCUUCGUCCACACGCACACCCUGAGACGCACCUGGGACAAACAGUACCGCCAUUACGAUGUCACGCCUCGCACCGCCAUGAUCGUCGCCAACCUCCCUCCGUCAGGGGCGGUGGGCGGAGCCAAAACGGAAACUACCAAAACGGACGCAGCCAAACCGGACGGAUCCAAAACGGCCCCCGCGGAAGCACCGAGCGGUGUUUUAUCUCAGAACAGUUCGCACACCGUUACCACACGUCCGUUUUGGACUUUGAGACGAGACAGUAGCACGAGCGAUAAGGACGUUCCGAUCGCGUUCAGAGCACCGCGGAAGCUCCAGCCCCCGCCCGGAACGUUCUACAGGCCUCCGCACGUCCACGUUAAAACGCCAGACACGGAAAAGAACGCUAACGUUCCCGGGACUACCACCGUGACUACGCUGUCUGUCACUAUAGCUGCACCGCUGGCCACGCUGAGUGUGAAUCCAGCCUCAUCCGCACUGUCAGUCACACCGACAUCACCGUCAACAGGAAGUGACACGCACGGUAAAGAGGAAGUGCAGUCGGAGUCCGAGUCGGACGAUGUGAGUGAGAAUAAAUCGGUGUAUCAGAGACUGAGAGAGAGUCAGCCCUCACACCGAGAGGCACGCUUCGUAUAAACACACACUCUUCUCUGCUCACGUUACACACUCGCUCUCUCUCCUCUUCUUAUCAUCUACAAAACCAAGAGUUUAAAACACAGAGCAGUGAAAUCUACACCAGGUGUAAAGGGGCGUGGCAGAGAGGCGACGCUUCCGGGGCUUUUAGGGACGUUACUGAGAUCUUAAGACACGUGGAUACACAUUACAGAGCUUACGAUCAUGUGACCUACUGAUGCUCAAGCAUGGCCACGCCCCCUGCAACAAGCGCUUAUGAUACAGAUCAGAACAAUCAGUGUGCGUUGACGUGAGGUGUGUGUCGUGCACAUUAACUUCCUGUUACUCACACUGGCUUAGAUCAGACUGGCUUAGAUCAGACUGUCUCUCUCUCUCUCUCACACACACACACACACACACACACACACACACACUCCUUAACGACCUGAAAGACUCACCUGCACCCGAGCCACAAACCCUGAGCUGCGGCUGUGUCCCAAACGAGUUCGUCAGAAGGAGGAGUUACAGAGAGACGCUUGUGGUUCACAGCGAGACGCGACGAGUCGUCAGUAAAGAGUGAUACCGAGACGCCGCGCUACAGAAACCUGCUCUUUAUUAUUUUAUAUAAAAUGACAAAUAUAAUAUAAAACGUCUUAACUGGAAAUGUUUGUUACAUGCAGUUUGUUUGAGAUGAUGUGUGUGUGUGUGUGUGUGUGUGUGUGUGUACAGAUGGAGUAAAUGUGUAACAUGUUAUGCAGGUUUAACUGAUGAUGCACUUAAGUCUGAAUGUGUGUGUGUAUAAGAUGUAUAAUGAAUGUAUUUGCAUAAAACUGUAAAUCAUUUUAUUACUGUGAUCAUUUGUGUGUUUUCUGUAACACACUCCACUGACCACAAUACAACAUUUUAUACCUCCUA